AUGUUGCUGGCGUUGUUGGGCACCGUAGCAGCGCAGUACGGUACGUGCGACUACAUUUACAACUACAACAGUGGUCAGACGAGUACGAUCGAGUCGCCGAAAUUUCCGAAUUACUAUACUCCGGGAACGAAGUGCCGCUACACGGUGAAUGCCCCCGUCGGACACUAUCUGUAUGUGCAGUGCUAUGAUAUGUACCUCCCGGCAAGCACCGGAUGCUACUACGAUAAGCUGUCCGUGUCGCUGAGUGGUGAUUCCACAUUGGCCGAUGCACAGCAGCGCUGCGGAACGACCACCUUCAACGUGCAGACGUCGUACAAUAAGUUGGUGGUGGCCCUGCUCGGGAGCGCCAGUACCAGCGGAGGUCGCUUCAAAUGUCAGAUAACUGCUUUAAAAAUCCCUUGUGACUGUGGUCGCCGAAAAACGCGUACGAUCGUUGGAGGAACACCGACCCAGGCUAACGAGUUCCCUAUGAUGGCGGCCUUGUUAGAUAGCGUCUCAAAGAAGCUGUUCUGUGGAGCCACUAUUGUAACUGAGCGGUUUGUGCUGACUGCUGCUCACUGCCUGCUGGGAAGAGUGGUUUCAACGACGGGAAUUCUGGUAGGCGAUCAGAAUAUCGCUUCGUCCACUGACACGCCGUACUCUCAGGUGUUGCUUGUUUCCACCUUCAUCUCGAACCCAGGCUACAACGAUACCACUCGAGUCAACGACAUCGCGCUUGUGCGGACCACGAACGAGAUCGUCUUCAACCCGGGUGUCGGACGCGUUUGUCUACCGUUCCGCCUCAGCUCGAGCCUGUUCACGGGAACCCGCGUGAGUGCGCUCGGUUGGGGAACGAUCGAUUUCGGUGCGCCAACCUCGUCGGAAUUACUGCAGACAUCGCUGACGGUCAUUGCACAAGGCGAGUGUUCGACGAAGCUCUCGCGAACGAUCCAGUCGUCUCAGAUAUGCACGUUCGCGGCGGGAAACGACACCUGUCAGAAUGACUCCGGCGGUCCGCUGUACUAUACCGAUCCAAACAAUCAGCUGGUGUACGAUGUUGGCGUGGUUGGGUUCGGAGUUGCCUGCGCGUCCAACUUUCCGAGCGUCAACGCAAGAGUAACUUCGUAUUUGGAUUGGAUCGCCUCCACCACGGGUUACACGUUCUGCGAACGAUAG